AUGAAUUGCCUAUCUGUGAAUUUGAGAGGGGUUAGGGGCAACCGUAAAUCAGAUUGGAUUAGGGGUUUGAAAACCAGCUAUGGGAUUCAUUUCCUUGCAAUACAAGAAACGAAAUUACAACAGUCUUCGUCCUUUUUGUUUAGUCAGUACUGGGGUCGAGCCGAAUUCAAGAUUGAUGUGGUUGAUUCGCAAGGAAGAUCAGGUGGUCUUGCAUGCCUUUGGUGCCCUGCGGUUUUCAGGUGUGUCGAUAUUUAUCAUAAUAGAAAUUUUAUUAUUGUUUCGGGUUUCUUGAUUCAGACGGGGUGUAGAUUGAACUUGGUUAAUAUAUAUGCACCUAACGAUGCUAUCAGUAGGAGGGAUGUCUGGUCAAAGAUAUUAGGGUUUAAAAAUUCAUUACAAGGGUUAUGGGUUAUGAUGGGUGACUUUAAUGAUGUACGGGAUGCUAGCGAGAGGAUGAAUUCUGAAUUCAUUGCUUCUAAUGCCGAGGCCUUUAACCAUUUUAUAUUAUCAGCCGGUUUGGUGGAGUACAACAUGGGAGGUGGGAAUUUUACUUAUAUAUCAGACAACGGGAAAAAAUUGAGUAAACUAGAUCGCUUUCUUGUGUACUUGGGUUUUAGAGAAAGAUGGCCCAAUGCAACAGUUGUUGCAUUGGCGAGGGAAGUUUCUGACCACAUGCCUAUUGUUUUAUCCACGAUUCAGUCGGAUUUCGGUCAUAUCGCGUUUAGGUUUUUUAAUUCAUGGUUUGAAUAUUCUGGGUUUCUUGAUUUUGUACUACGGAAAUGUGAGGAAUUUAGUUUCUCGGGGCUGGAGGAUCUCGCUCUUGCAAUCAAAUUAAGAUGGUUAAAGAACAAUAUCAAAUCAUGGCUGAAAUUGGAGAAAGAUAGAAGGGAGGGGAUCUAUGGUGGGAAAAAGGCGAGGUUGGCGUUUAUUGAGAAUCUGGCCGAGGAAAGGGAUCUAGAGGAAGAGGAAUUGGCCGAAAGAGUGGAAUGUAGAAAUUAUGUGGCCGAACAUGACAGGAUCAAGCAGUUGGGUUUACGACAAAAAUCCAUGUCUAAAUGGGUUGUUGACGGUGAUGAGAAUUCUAAUUUCUUUCAUCUUGUGAUCAACUCUAAUAUCAGUACUAAUAGACUGAAUGGUUUGAUGAUUGGUGGAGAGUGGAUAACUUACCCCUUAUCUAUUAAAGAAUCCUUGUAUGAGUUCUUUAAACAUCAGUUUUCUGAGCCAAUGACGGUUAGGCCUGGUAUGGUCUGCUCUGGUAUAGCUACUAUUUCGGGAUCCGAGGCUACUAUGUUGGAACGACCAUUUAUUGUGGAGGAAAUUAAAGCAGCCGUAUGGGAGUGUGAGGGAGAUCGUGCCCCCGGUCCUAACGGUUUUAAUUUUAAGUUCAUUAAAAGAUGUUGGGAGGGUCUCCGGGUUGAUCUUGUCAAAUUGUUUAAUAAGUUCUACGUCGACGGGUCGAUUAAUAAGGGAUGCACAUCAUCCUUCAUUGCUUUGAUCCCAAAAAUCAAAGAUCCUGUUGGACCAGCAAACUUCAGGCCGAAAGUCUGA